AUGGUUAAUGAGCGGGCGCCGCCCAACCUGUCUCUCCAAACCGCGGAGAGAGCGAAGGAUGGGAAACCCGCACGAGAGAGGUCACCGGACGAUGACGACAUCGCGUCGUUGAUCAAGGGCUUCGCCUCCAUCAAGAGCAAGUUUAGAGAGCCCACUUCUGGGCCCCUGAGCCGGUCGGCCUUUGGCCAUCCCACAAAGAUGAUGUCGUCUCUUAAGCAGAAAGCGAACGUCUUCAUACAGCAGAAGAGUCGCCCCGAGCACCAUCUCGGCACCAAGAUCAGCGGGCCUCGGCCACCGUCGUACCAUGAUCGCAAGGCUCCGCCGAUACCUACGUUCAACUCGAAUAUGCCCCUCAAGACCCCCCUCAGCGGCGGCGGCGAGGAGGAGGUGUUCUAUACCGAUCCGAAGAAGGCCAACGACGACCUCAAGGCCUUGUUGGAGGGCGGUCUAGACGAAGACGACGACGAAGGGGAUAUUGAACCACAACCCGGCCAGCGCGACCUGAAGCAAGACGUGCCAACCAAGGCAGACAAACAAGAUACGCGAGCGCCUCCAACUUCACAGCAGAAGAAGGGCUUCCGAGUUGGCAAGGACGGCCACGUGCCGGGUCUAAACGUCAAGCUGCUACCCCACCAGGUGGAAGGCGUCAAUUGGAUGCGUGGCAGAGAACUGGGGCCAGUCAAGCGAGGCAAAGUCCCUAAAGGUGGCCUUCUCGCCGACGACAUGGGCUUGGGCAAGACAUUGCAAACAGUCUCGUUGAUUCUGACGCAUCAGAAACCACUCGAAGGCGAGGAGGGAUGGGACAAGCGUUUCGAAGGCAUCUCGAAGACGACGUUGGUCGUCGCUCCCUUGGCCCUGAUCAGGCAGUGGGAGAACGAGAUCAAGAGCAGGGUCGAAAAAGCGCACGGGCUCAAGGUCUUGGUGCACCACGGCCCACAGAGGACGAAAAACUUCAAGGAGCUCACAUCCUACGACGUUGUCAUCACGACGUACCAAAUCCUGGUAUCGGAAUUCGGAAGCUCAUCCUCUGCCGCGAACGGCCUCAAGGCAGGCUGUUUUGGGCUCCACUGGUGGCGAGUCGUUCUGGACGAGGCCCAUACCAUAAAGAACCGCAACGCCAAGAGCACCAAGUCGUGCUACGCCUUGCGCUCCGAGUAUCGAUGGUGCUUGUCCGGAACGCCGAUGCAGAACAACCUGGAUGAGCUGCAGUCCCUUGUCAGGUUCCUGCGCAUCGCACCUUACGAUGACCUGAAGCAAUGGAAGGAGCAUAUCGACGUGCCUCUGAAGAAUGGCAAGGGCCAUGUUGCCAUUAGACGACUGCACAGCAUUCUGCGCUGUUUCAUGAAACGACGAACGAAGGAGAUACUCAAGGUGGACGGGGCCUUGAACCCGGGCGGCAAACCAACUGCCGAAGGAGAAAGCUCGGCAACAGGGUUCCGACACACAAAGCGAAAUGUUGUAACCAUCUCGACAGAACUACCCCCAGCCGAGCGCAAGUUCUACGACCGCGUGGAGGCUCGUGCGGACAAGAGCAUGGAGGCCAUGAUGAGGGACAAGAUAAGUUAUGCCAACGCCUUCACUCUUCUGUUACGUCUCCGACAGGUAUGCAACCAUCCGAAGUUGGUGGAGGGCAAGCUUGAGAAGGACAAGGAUGCACUGUCGAUUGGUUCAAGCCAACGGACGGCGGAUGCGGACAUGGAUGCGAUGGCCGACAUGUUUUCAGGCAUGGGCAUCGUAUCCAAGAACUGCAGCAUAUGCGGUCGAAUCCUCUCCAACGUCGAUGUGGACCUGGGCAGGGACAAUUGCACCGAGUGUCAUGAAGACCUGGAGUACUUUAAGAACGAGAAGGUGCCCGAGAGAAAGAGGACGAAGAGAAAGCACAGGGCGAAGAAAGGAAAGGGCAAAAAAGGAUGCAAGAAGGCAGAGAAGGUUGGUCCGAAAGUGGAGGCCGAGAGGGAGAAGGGACCGGUGGGUCGUCGGCCACGGAACCGAAAUGCCAUCAUCGACAGCGACGACGAUGAGGGAGACGAGGGCAGCUGGCUCGUAUCAAAGAAGGAGCAAGGCGAACUGCGGCUUGGAAAAGCCGGCGGUGAGGAGGACGAGAACGCCGAGGGCGGCGGGGAUUGGAUCGGGUCUGAGGAUUCUGCCGAUGACACGACCGACGACAAGGACCAGAGCAACCUGAGCGGCUUUGUUGUCGACGACGAGGUGGCUAAGAAGGAGGAUGGCUAUCGGUCGGCGGGCGAGGACGAGGACGAUAAUUCGCUGCUUUCGGUGUCUGCUCUAACAAAGCAGAUGGCAUCCCAGACGCUCGACGACAAGCCGACAGAAGCAAAGGACUUCGCCACUGGCUCGGGCUCGACACUGGAUGCCGGUGAUUCAGACGAUGGCUCCGAUUCCAGCAAUGACGAGACGGAGCUCUACUCCACUUCCGACGACGACGACGACGACGACUACGCGGCGGCCAAAAAUCAGCAGGUGUUGGCCUCGGCCAAGAUUCGUGAGCUCAUCAAGAUCCUGCAGGCAGAGGUUCGUGAGCACAAGUUCAUCGUCUUCUCUCAGUUUACAUCGAUGCUCGACCUUGUGGAGCCGUUUAUGCGGAAGGAAGGUUUCACAUUUACCCGCUACGACGGAAGCAUGAAGAACGACGAGCGUGAGGAGAGCCUCCGCAGACUGCGCGAGGACAAGACGGUGCGGGUCCUGCUGUGCAGUCUGAAGUGCGGCAGCCUGGGACUCAACUUGACGGCGGCGACAAGAGUCAUCAUCGUGGAGCCGUUCUGGAACCCCUUCGUCGAGGAACAAGCCAUCGAUCGCGUUCACCGCCUUACGCAGACGGUGGAUGUGACCGUGUACAAGCUCACGGUGGCCAAUACGGUCGAGGAACGAAUCCUUGAGCUUCAGGAGAAGAAGCGCUUACUAGCUGAGCAAACCAUCGAGGGUGGUUCCAAGAAGGAUGCUCUCAAACUUGGCAUCAACGAGAUCGUGGAGCUCUUCAAGCCAGGUGGUUACCAGCACGAUUCCAUGCCAGGGGAGUACGGAUUUGCGGCCGAUGAGAGACGUAGAGCGAUGCAGGGGAUGAAUGUCCUGCGGAUGAAGGCUCCGAGGAAGGAAGAUGCUGUGUAUGGGCGCCGAUGGUAG